UUUUUAGGGUUGUUUUACAGGCUGUGAGAAGUCGACAUAGAGGAAAUAUCCGAGUAAGAGUAAAUGUGUGUGUGUGUGAGAGAUAAAGUGAUUUAUAACGUCGUUUGUAUACCGAAGCCAAGCGCGAGGGGAGUGUAGAGUGACGCAUGCGCACUGCGAGGUUCACGGCACCGGGCGUCACACCGCAGGAGCUGCAGAUUUUUUUUUCCCCCAGUCACAUAGAAGACGAUCAGGAGGAGAAACGGAGAGCAAGACGGCAGAAAGGCCCAGGAGAUCGUAAGCAGAUGAUGAGCUAACUCUACGCUGUGUGCAAGGAGAAGGACGGACAUAUUGAGCUUCUAUUUUCGGGCUUUAGAUGCAGUUCUGCCUCGUGUUCUUACCAUUUGUUGCUGGGAUUAGAACAAGAAAGAUCUGUUCUUAUUUAUCUUCCCUCGAAGAUGGAUGAGCGGAACUGAAUUCGAGUUGUGCAUCAGUUAGAAGUGAUGAGAGAGGAGGGUGACGAGUGCCGCGUUGCUGGUGCCGUGUGCGCGCUCGGUUCGGAUCGGUCCGGGUUUGUUGUCCUGUCGCUGUUAUGAUGGAAAGCGCUGAUGGCUCGAGCAGCGACACCAAACCUCAAAGCCAGUCUGUGGAGAAGAAAAGGUUAAACCGUGCACCAUCUCCGGCCAGACCAUUCCUAAAGGAUGGCCACUCCAGAGCUCCUAAAUCCACCGCGCUCACACCGAAGUCUCCUAAAUUCAGUAAGCAGCAGCAUCAGCAGCAUCAGACCGCGGCGUCUUUCACGUCGCACAUCCGCUCUGUAAGACGCGCUGUAACCGGAGCGAAGGACAAACCGGCGCCGGUGAAAAACGCAGCCAAAUCCUCAACUACUAAAAAGGCCUCAAAGGUCACGCAGGCGAAACCGAUCGGGAAAGCGGCAGACACCGUCCCUCGACUUGCAAAAGGUGGAAAGGUGAAGCUGAUCCCACUGUCGCGCGCUCCUCUAGCCCACGGUUCAGACUCGCCAGUGCGCGUUCCCACGGGGCGCCUUGCGCAGACAGACAGCAGCUCGGAUCUGUCCGACUGUCCGUCCGAGCCGCUGUCUGACGAGCAACGCCUCGCUCAGGCCGGCAGCAGCGAUGCGGAGUCCGGGGCCGGGUCCGGAUCCAGUGAGCGCGGACACUUGACUGCAGAUGAACCUGCUGAUCCCGGAGCUCUAAGGGCUUCCGGCGGAGCGCGACUGCUCGGACAGAAACCGGACAUCGUCGCGGCUCAGCCAGAAGCUUCACCUGCGCGAGAGAAACCUAAACCGGAAAAACACCCAGCGAGCGCGCAGCUCAAACCGGAGGGCGGAAAAGAGCCAGCAGAAGAAGAUUUAUUACGGGAAGUUGAAGAGCUUCGCUCAGAAAACGACUACCUCAAGGAUGAAGUGGACGAGCUGCGUGCUGAGAUGGAGGAGAUCAGGGACAGCUACCUGGACGAGGAGGUGUAUCAGCUGCAGGAACUGCGCAGGGAGCUGGACCGCUCCAACAAGAACUGCCGUAUCCUUCAAUACAGACUGCGUAAGGCAGAGCAGAAAAGCCUACGUGUGGCCCAGACUGGCCAUGUGGAUGGAGAACUGCUCCGUAACCUAGAGCAGGACCUCAAGGUUGCCAAAGACGUGUCGGUGCGUCUACACAACGAGCUGGAGAGCGUGGAGGACAAGCGCACACGGGCAGAGGACGAGAAUGAGAUGCUCAGGCAGAAGAUCAUUGAGUUGGAGAUUUCCAAACAGGCCCUGCACAACGAGCUGGAGAGGGCCAAAGAGAUAGCAGUGAGGAGACGAGGGAGCCGGGAAACCUUCAAGGACAAGAAAUCUCUUUCUCAGGAGGACAGUGCCGACCUGCGAUGCCAGCUGCAGUUUUCUAAAGAAGAAUCAGCCCUGAUGCGAAAGAAGAUGGCCAAGCUAGGCCGAGAGAAGGAUGAGCUAGAGCAAGAGCUGCAAAAAUACAAGUCUGUGUACGGGGACGUGGACAGCCCCUUACCCAUGACCGAGACACCAGGUGGUGGGCCACACAGCACACGUGAAGCCGAACUCCGGCUACGUCUCAAGCUUGUUGAGGAAGAGGCCAAUAUUCUGGGGCGAAAGAUUGUGGAGCUUGAAGUGGAGAACCGAGGCUUGCGGGCUGAGAACGAGGACCUGCGCUGCCAGUAUGAGCGAGAUUGCUUUGGCCGUGAACCUUUCUCCAGCUUGCCUACAUCUCCUUUUGGUGCAGAUGCUCCAGAGUCUGCCACCGAACUGCGACGCCACUUGCAGUUUGUGGAGGAGGAGGCUGAGUUGCUACGGCGCUCAAUUUCAGAGAUCGAGGAUCGCAACAAGCAGCUGACCACUGAGCUCAAUCGCUUCAAAUUUGGACCUUCGGAUGGUGAGGCCAUAGCGUUAGAGGGCGGAGGUGCUUUGGCCAUGCCGAAGCCUGGAAACAAUGGUGCAAGCAUGUCAGUGAGUGGCGUAGUGUCCCUACAGGAAGAGCUGAAAGGCGCUAGGAUGCAGAUUAACGAACUAAGCGGGAAGGUGAUGAAGCUGCAAUAUGAGAACCGUGUUCUGAUCUCAAACAUGCAACGCUGCGACCUGGCUGCACAUCUGGGCCUUUAUUCUGCAAGUCCUCGUGAUAGCGAUGCAGACAGUGAUGCUGGCCGCAGGGAUGCUGAAGAGGACGAGACAGGACGGCUCUUACUGCUCCACCCCAAACGAGAAGGUCCAGUUGGUGGAGAAAGCGACUCUGAGGACUUGUUUGAAAAGACAGCCACCUCAGGUUUUGGGAGUGCUGGGAAGGGGUCAGAUAUGGUUGAGCUUGGAGGGGUGGACCUCAUAAAGCGGAGACGGGAGGAUCGCGAGAUGCUUGGUGGUAUCAAACGGGAGGCUGAGCGGCUAGGAAAGACAGUGGAGAGACUCAUCACAGACACACACAGCCUGAUCUGCGAGGGGCAUCUUGUUGUGACCGGAGCCGUCUCUGUGGGGGAGGGUUCUGAUUUCAGGGGUGACGGAGACUCAGCAGAGCCCAAACCAGACUCUCAGUCUCAGGUGCUAGAUGCCGUCAAUGCUUGCAUGCGGACAUUCCGGGCAGAGCUUUAUGCCUUUAUAGAGAAAGUGGACCACCUGGGUGAAGGUUUGAGGGACCGCAGUGAUGAUCUUUCACCAAUGCCUAAUCUAACCGAGUCAAGCAGCUUUUUGUCAACUGUCACUUCCAUGUCCCGUGACUCGCCUAUUGGAACUAUAGGAAGGGACCUGUCCACAGACUUUCAGUCCGGCCGGAGGCAGGAGUUCGAGUGGUCCCUAGGCCGGCGGAAUGGCCCGGAGGAGCCUGCGCUCAGUAGAUACGGCAGGCCCCACAGUGUCAGAGCCGAGCUCCGGGAGCCGUGCCUGUCUGAAGUGGGCACUCCUGCCAGGGAGGCACCGUUCUGUCUGGAGCUCGAGAGGAGAAUGAGAGCAGGACAGGAAGAGAGAGAAAUUCUACCAUCCUCCAUCACUCAGGAGGAGGAUCUGAGACAUCUGGAGGCACAACAAGGUCCGGAGCUGCAGGGUCUGCAGUCGCACGAGCCUGCAUGGCCACAGGAAAGAGCUCUACUGCAGCAGGAAGUGCGCCUGUUCAGGCAGAAUGCUAUCAUUGUCUACAUGAAGCUGCGCUGGAUCCUCAUGCACUGGAGGCUCGGGCGCAGGACCGAUGCAGCCGAGGAGUAUGAACGGCCGGAAAGCAUCCCAGAGGCUGGUACCGUCAAGGAAAGUUCAGAAGAAGACAUAGAGCGGGAGGACAAAUUGUUUCCCCAGGCAUUGUGGGGAGAAACCGCUGACCCUGCAUCACUCUUACAGUCCUCGGAUAAACUCCACUAUCAGAAACAGGUGGGUGACAGUAGACGGGUUCUUCAUGCCCUGCGUUCUCUGCUAGAGGAGUUGAGGGCAGAGCUACGGGAGGAGGCUCAGAGAUGCUGUCAGUUGCAGCAGACUCUGGCCAAUGAGAGAGCAGCAUGGGAGAUACAGCGUGCUGAGAUGAGGAGUCACAUUGCUCAGCUGGAGGAGUCAAGAGGAGAAACAUUUGUAGGGGGAACGGACUCCCUGUGGCAGGAGAGAGAGAGGGAGCAGGAGAGGGAGCGUGAGGAGCAGAAGAGGCUUCUAGCUGAUAGCCACAGUGUGGCUCUGGAGCUGCGUUGGAAGCUGCGGCAUGGCGAGCGCCGAUGGACCAGAGAGAGAAGUGAACUCCUUGAGAGUUUCGAGAGGGAGCGACAGGAGCGAGACCGCAACGUACAAGACCUCCAUCGCAAGAUGGAGAAGAUACAGAGGGAAAUACCUCUCCAUCACUCUGAAGGAGGGACACCGCGUGUCUUCUCCCCUCAGGACAGUCCCUGUAAAGCCCCCAGAUCUCCACGCUCCCCUCGUGGAGCUCACUGUGCUGUGUCUCGUUCUCACUCGGAUUCGGAGGCCACGCUGGAAGAGAAAAGAGCAAGACCCAGUGAGAGCCUCUUCUUGGAUGCUCUGUCUCUGGAUCCACCAAACGAGGCAGAGGUUCCACUGUCAUCCAGGCUGGACAGUGAAAAGAGGUUCCCAUGUCUCAAUCAAGCACUUAAUGAGAUCUCAGAAAGAGCAGAUCCUGUACUCUAUCCUGAGGAAGAUAUGAGCAGUGGAAACCUCCUAAGGGCCAAAUCAGUCUGCUCUAUGAAUGACUUCCUGCGUUUGAUGGACAGCUCCCCCUUCCUGCCAGACAAGAGCAAAUCAGGUGAAGGCGGGCAGGAUGAUGUGACUCCCCCCCUAUCUCCUGAUGACCUCAAAUAUAUUGAGGAGUUUAAUAGCAAGGGCUGGGAUCUCUCUAAAUCCCCACUGUCUUCCUGCCCAAUCCCAGGCCCUGUGCUACCCCCUCAGGUAGUGGAGGCAUGGGCAGAUACACACAGACCUGUCCUAUCUUCAUCAGAAGCAUUUCAGCCAGCCGCCUGGUACUUGACCACCAGUGCCACACUAACUACCAAUACCACAAGCAGCCUGGAGCAGUGUCAGCGUCUGGCUGCAAGAGGCUCCCCAGUGCCUGACCACUUUGGCGUGCGUGUUCUCCACAGCCCCACUAGGGCAGAGAGAUUAAGCCCAGUAUCAUCAGAUCAGGAGUACGCAUUCUCCAGGGGGAGCAAAGAAAACGAAGGGGAGGACAUUUUUGGUGGAAGGUGGCCAUGUGAACUGAGACAUUUGGAAGGUGGUGAGAAUACACCUCUGUGCACAGCAAUGGGUUACACAUCCUCACUUGAGCUAGAAUUGUCUCGGAAUCUUAGUGACGACAUGAAAGAAGUUGCGUUUUCCGUACGGAAUGCCAUCCGCUCCAGCACAGUGACCGGAAGCAGUCCGCCGGACCAUCAAAUGCGUGAUGCAGCAUGCCAGACCAAUGGCUCAAUAACACGUGGCACUCAGACCACACAAGGUGUGAAUGUGGCACUGCAGACAUUCAUCAGCAGCCCUCGCCGCUGCCUCACUCCCGUUUCAUCUCCCUCACGUAGCCUCAGGAAGGCACAGUACUCACCUGCCACACAGGCCAAGUUUGAAAGGUCAUGUUGCUCACCAAAAUACGGAUCACCCAAGCUCCAGCGCAAGCCCUCGUGUAUCAAUUCUACACAAGGAAAAUCUGAACCCCCUGCCAAUGCAUCCAGAGCUCCAACGCCCACUUCUCAGUCUUUGAAGGGCAACAGUGAAUCAGCAUGGGCGCGUUCCACCACCACCCGAGACAGCCCCGUCCACACCACCAUCAACGAUGGCCUCUCCAGCCUCUUCAACAUCAUUGACCAUACCCCAGUAAACUAUGACCAGGCUCAGAAGUUCAAUAAGUCACCCAGCCGCUCCAGGCCCAGUGAAAGUGGGCCUGCAGGUGUUUCUGACCCUAAAGCAGCCAAUUUUGGAGCACCACAGGACCCAGCUAGGCCGUCCAGGGGUCGUUCACCAAGCCCAAUCCAGCUCAUAGUGGAAUUACAGGGUGACAAGAACCCAGAAAUGAUUAGCAUCAGGCAAGACUUGUCAGCUCCACCUGGUUACACGAUAGCAGAGAAUGCAGCGCGUAUAUUAAAUAAGAAACUGUUGGAGCAGGGCUUCAGGGAGGAGAAGAAACAAGGUACAGCCAUUGCAGCACAGAGCAAAACAGGAGAAGUGGACAAAGCUGGAUGUAUUGAGGACCUCCCCCGAUCACCAGUAGCCCCGCCCCUGGACUGCUGUUUCCUGCGCCCAGCGCGUCCUGCCAAUCGCCGUCCUCCCUCUCGCUGGGCUGCGAGCUCUCCUUCUUCUUCACCCAACUACAGAGACCACACCGAUAGGUUCCGCUUCCCCUCACCAGUCAGACCUGCUGAAAUGAUCCUAGAGACAGAGGAGUCCAGUCAGGAACUACCUCAGCUCCCACCCUGAGGACAUCCUGCACCAGCCAAGCUUGCUCACUGUCCUCCUCUCCUCACCUCUCCUCUCCUCUCCUUUCCUCUCCUCACCUCUCCUCACCUCUCCUACAAUUACCUUUAGACUUGUAGACAUUGAUUGUCUCUCCUUCAGGUCUAUUAUCUUCUCUCUGUCUCCUCUAGCAUUCUUUUCUUUUUUUUUCUUCCCAUCCCCUCCAGUAUCUUUUCUCAUCUCCUUACUCCCUAUUUUUCUCUUCUCUCCUACUCAUGAUCCUCUCGUCUUCUUAUUUCUUCCACUUUCCACCAUCUUUCUUUUCUCCUCACCUUCUUUGACUUGCUUCUUUCCACCUUAUCUCUUCACCUUUCCUGUCCAUCCCGUCUUCCUGAUCAUCUCCUCUGAUCCUCUACCUCUCCUCCUCAUCAUCCUCUGCCUCUCCUCAUUCACUCUCAAUCCCUCUCCAUUUGUCUCUUCCUUCUUCCCCUUCCCUCUUACAAACCUCUUCCCGCCCUUUUCUUUUUUCCCUUCUUAUCUUCUUUCUCUCCUUCUCCGUGUGUUAUCCUUUAAUCCAGCCUGACCACACAAGCACCAACAGGGUGUUGGAACAUUCUAGACCUUCUCACACCCUUCACAUCCUCAACACAGGGGAUGAGAGAAGGACGCAGUUACUCGAGCACCAGCCAACAAGCAACAACCUUCUAGUACUUUCUGUGAGAAUUCAAGUACCUUGAAUGUACUGAAGCCAAGCAACACAACCUACUCCAUCAGAGGUGCCUAAACACACUUGAUAUCUCAAUGGUCCCAUAUACGUGUGUCUCUGUGUAUAUGCAAUAUGUAUGAAUUUCUAUGUGUUUGGUCAGAUUCUGUUUUUUUCUUAUAUCCUGGGGAAAAUGGUGACAUCGUUUUGUCUAAAUGUUUACAUGUUGUUCAUUUUUUGGCUUUUUCUUUUAAGAUUUCUUUAUCUCUCAUGUACAUAUACUUGAUCAAAUUAUUUUCUUAUUUUUUAGUGUGAUAGUUUUGUUUGGUUUUGUUUUUGUUUUGCUUGUGGCUUCAAUUUAAUUGAGUUCAAAGACGUUUAAUUUAAUUGUGUUUAACAAAAGAAAAUGCGGCAGAAGAACAGAAUCCUGAGUCAGGGAAACACGAAACAUGAUGUCAACAACACUGAUGUAUUUAUUACUCCAGAUGUACAACUGAAUGUUUAAUGCACCACAACAGGAAGGAAACUGGCAACUGAUUAUCCUUAUGCAUAUUUUCCUGCAUAAUUUGAUCUGCAUGCCUUUUAAACCCUAGCACUUUAGUGCAUGAUAUUAAAUGCUGUUGUACCUUGUGCUAUAUCUCUAUAAUAUAAGACAGCCCUAUAUAUAUAUAUAUAUACACACACUUACACACACACACGUGCACACACAAACACACACUCACCCAACCCACUGUCCACGGUCUGUACUUUUAUUGGCAUUAAAUUUACAAGUUAGACCACUUUUUAAGUCGCUUAUUGUACUUAUUGCCCUGUCUUUGUAUAGCCGUUAUUAUUAUAUUUAAAUUCUUUCUUUAUUUUAAAGGAUAAAAUGGGUUUGAAAAAAAAUGUAGAAUGUUUUAAAUUAAGUCAGUGUCUAAAGUCUAAUGAUAUAAAGUCUGUUUAAUUGUUAAUAAAAUGAAUGUGUAUUUACAGAAA